UAUCCAUAGUUCUCAAAUGGCCCGGGCAGAAGUGAGGCAUUAAGGCCAGAAAGGAUGAUUUGGGAUGGCAGAGCAUGUGUCAUUGCCUGUGGUGCCUGCCUGCCUUCUCCUUGAGUUUGCUCUGCAGCCUGGAAUGCCCAGUGUCCUCUCAGGACUGUCUGGAGCUGGAAUCCCCUCUCGAGCUGCCACAGGAGCGAGGGGCCUGAAUGGAGAUUUUUGUGACAAGGUCGGGCUGCCUUUAGCUCGAUGGCAUUCAGGAAAUCAGUCUGGAGCCUCCCCUCUUGGCAUGCCAGGCAGGGGGGAUGUGGAGCAGGCUCCUGCUGAUCCACCCUGCCGCGGAAUUCCCGGAGGCCUUGGGAGAAGCUGCCUUGUUCUGUCCUGUGCAGGGAACAGCAGCUGCUGCUUCAGCAGUGCCAGCAUCAAUGCAGGCUGUCUGCAAACGUGCUGUUACCUUGUAGCAAUUAAAGGCAUUAAAAUGGCCACGGAAGUAAUUUAAACACUGGUCAGAAAAGCAAGGCUGAUGGUGGACUGGGUCAGACAAGUCUGGGAAGUUCAGGGGGAGAAAAGGAAAGGAAAGCUUGGAAUAAUAAUUUAGUUUUGUUGUUGUGAUGUCUUUCACCUCAGAUUCCCAGUGCACCACAAAAAGAGUGUGGAUAGCAAAACAUGCUGGGAGGGAAGAUAACUUUCCCCAAGGAAAAGCAGCUGUUGCUUAGCCUGGCACAGCACCAGCCCCUGAAGGGAAGUGGAGCUGUAGGAGACAGAAGGGCAGCAAACUGGGCUGGGUUUAGGAUGGAGGCUUGGCCUGAGCAGUGUGUCUUUUCCCAAAUGUCCUUCUUGCCCUGCAGCACGAGGGGAUUUGGGACAACUUGGGAGAGGAACAAGAGGAGCUGCUUGAAAAUACGGUGCAGUUUGAAAAUGUCAAUAUAUUUCCCAGCUGAAAGCAGCCAGUGCUUCUCUCUUACCCCACUGCAAGGUAAUUUACAAACCGAAAAUUUUUUGAGCCUGGAGAAAAAAGGAAAGAACCCAAAAGAUUAAUCCCCCUUCCUUCCCUUUAAUCCUUCCUUCAAAACAGCUUUUAGCUGGAGCUGCCUAAAUCGGGAGCCCUCGCUGCCUUCCCCGCUGUGGCACCUCCCGCUUCCGGCUGGGAAGAAGGAUGCAUUCACUCUCACUUGCUGAUUGCAGCACACGACUGUGGACUUGGCUGGAAAAAGAUGUGGAAGCUGUACCCGCGGGUGCUCAGGGACGUGUCGGUGAUGGACCUGUCCAGCCGUGUCCUGGGGCAGAGGGUCGCCGUGCCCGUGUGCGUGGCCGCCACCGCCAUGCAGCGCAUGGCUCACCCGCACGGAGAGACGGCGACAGCCCGAGCCUGCCAGGCCGUGGGGACAGGGAUGAUGCUGAGCUCCUGGGCCACCUCGUCCAUCGAGGAGGUGGCGGCGGCAGCGCCGUCCGGCCUGCGCUGGCUGCAGCUCUACGCCUACAAGGAGCGGCAGGUGACGGCCUCGCUGGUGCGGCGCGCCGAGAGAGCCGGCUACCGGGGCAUCUUCCUCACCGUGGACACGCCGUACCUGGGCCGGCGCCUCGCCGACGUGCGCAACAGGUUCCAGCUGCCCCCGCACCUCAGUUUAAAGAACUUCUCGAGCAGUGAGCUGGCAUUUUCCUCGGGGAAGGACUUUGGAGACGACAGCGGGCUGGCUGUGUACGUCGCUGAGGCCAUCGAUGCCACCGUCAGCUGGGAGGACGUCAAGUGGCUGCGGGGGCUGACCUCGCUGCCCAUCGUGCUGAAAGGGAUCCUCAGGGCUGAUGAUGCCAAAGAAGCUGUAAAGCUUGGGGUAAACGGGAUCCUGGUGUCAAAUCAUGGAGCACGACAGCUUGAUGGGGUCCCUGCUACAAUUGAUGUCUUGCCUGAAAUCGUGGAGGCUGUGGAGGGGAAGGUGGAGGUGUUCCUGGAUGGUGGGGUGAGAAAAGGCACGGACGUUCUCAAGGCACUGGCUCUUGGUGCCAAAGCUGUUUUCGUUGGGAGACCUGUCCUCUGGGGACUGGCUUAUCAAGGUGAAGAAGGAGUAAAAGAAGUUCUCCAGAUGCUGAAGGAAGAGUUUCGCCUGGCAAUGGCACUGACAGGAUGCCGGAGAGUAGAAGAAAUUGGCAGGACACUGAUCCGAAGACAUCAAGGAUUGUUUUCCAAGAUUUAGGUCUGAAGACUCUUGCCUUGUGCGUUGCCUGUUGUGCUUCCAGACAAAAUCCAACUGCAUUCCCUCUGUGGGCCUCCUCCUGCAAUCCUGACUGAGGGAAUGCUCUGCUCUGUAGGAAAUCACUUGUUGAAGAAAGAACUCAAAGCAAAUUUUAUAGGUGCUUUCAAAUCUCUCAGGCUCUUAAGGAAAGCUGCUACACUGGGAGGUGUGAUUAGAGAUGGGCCUUUAUACAAGACCAGCAUAGAAACUUCAAGGUGUUUUGCAACAAAUGCUGAUAAUUAAUUUCCAUGCCUGGGAGUAAUUUAGCUGUUAAAGUGAAACUAUAAACAGAAAUGCUGAAAUUUAAAAUGCAAAAGAUGCUUCUUGCUCACUGUUUAGAGAAACUAGACUGUAGAUUGUAGAGAUUAAAUCUUGCUUUCCAAUGAACAGAAUGUCCUUUCCCUAGUGACUUUAUAAGCAUCUGGGCUUGUGGCACGUAGGCUGUAGGAGCCCAGAGGACUCUUUGUUGUAAGGAACCAAAGAGCAAAGCAAAACUGGGGAAAACUGGGGAAAUCCAGCCUCUAUGGUGGCACAAGCCCCUCUGCAAUCAGACAGCUGUUACAUUCGUGCAUUGGAUGCACAUCAAAUCCUUGGCUACUGCAAAUCCCUCUAGCCCAAACUGUGCCAGCUGCAUCCACCUGGAGCUCCGAGUCACAUUUUUCACCUGGACUAAUUUGCCCAUAGUGGCAAGGGAAGGCUGAUGCUGCCUGGGAGAGUUUGUAGAAUUUGCAUCCAUGUGCAAAAGGAAAACUGGAAUAAUUGAGGCAUUAACCCAUGACUUGGGAAGGGCCUAGUGGCUCUGUUGAGUUUCCAUGCACACCCUUAAGUCAGAUAAAUCUUGGUGUUCUUCACUCUGCUCAUGAUGGGAUCGUGCAGGAUCUGUGCCUCUGUUCUCUGAACAACCCAAAUAUCCACUGAAUUCAGGAGAAAUUUUGCAACUGUAAAGAAUAAAGCAGGUAAGACUAUACUGUUCUCAUCUUAGGUAAAACCAAGGCUAGCUCUUCACCUGUCUCACCUCCCUUGCAGGUGUGGCAGUUUUACAGGGAGCAGGGAAAGGCUACACAGGUUUUGAAUCUCUUGCUAUGAAAAUUUAAUAUUAAUUUUUAAAGAAGACCAAAAAAGAUAAAAACCCCUUAAUUUCAUGGUUUCACUGACAUCACCAGCUCCACCAUUUGUUUCCCAUCAGCCUCGUGCAUUCUGACUCUCCCGCUUUGCUCGGUUUGAAAUAUCCCUUACUGAGCUUUGGAGGCAGCUUUGUAAUGAAAUGAUGGAAUAUUAUAAUGGGAACUAAAGCUGGGGCUGGAACUUGAAAUGGGGAGAAAACCCAAAAGGCCACAUGCUUGCCCUCCAGUUGUAAAAUCUGUACUCUUAUUUACUGCAGAAUAUGGUCUGUUGUGUGAGAGUUGCGUAGCAACAAAAUAAAGUUUAUCUG